AUGGAUGGACUAGAUAUUAUUUAUUCCACCGUUUGCAACGCUACAUUUUGCGAUGGCGGGGAAGAGAAUCCAUAUCAUGAUGGAAUAGCACCAAAAAAGGCCCUCGAGAACUUCGUUAAUGGAAAACAUUUACGCAUUGGAACUUUUCAAAAUUAUCCCAUGAGCUGGUCUGAGAAGACAGAAAAUGGAUCAUAUAUCGGUCGCGGUGUUGCUUUCGUGAUCUUUGAGAUUUUGCAGAAGAAAUUUAAUUUUACAUACGAUGUUGUGAUUCCUGAGGGGAACCUUCUUCAUAGUGAGAAGACAAACGAGGAAAGUCUACUGGGGCUUCUUAGAAAUAAAAAAAUCGACAUGGCGGUAGCGUUCGUCCCAAUUCUCAAGAAUUCGGACAAAAUGGUCACAUUUUCCACUGUACUGGACGAAGGCGAGUGGAGAAUGAUGUUGAAGCGUCCAAAAGAAUCCGCCGUCGGUUCGGGGCUUCUCGCGCCAUUCGACGAAUACGUUUGGUUUCUUAUUUUAGUAUCAGUUGUUUUGUAUGGGCCAUGUAUGACGUUGCUGACUGGUAUCCGCAGUAAACUAAUGCCUGACGAAGAAAGAUACGUUCCGCUUUGUCCAAGCGUCUGGUUUGUUUAUGGGGCGUUUAUUAAGCAGGGAACAACACUAUCGCCUUCUGCUAAUACAACUCGCGUACUCUUCGCGACUUGGUGGCUCUUCAUAAUCCUUCUAUCAGCUUUCUACACGGCCAACCUGACGGCCUUUUUAACGUUAUCCAAGUUCACAUUGGAGGUGGAGACAGUGCAGGAUCUAUACAGCAAGAACUAUCGCUGGAUGGCUCCAGAAGGUAGUGCUGUCAAAUAUGCUGUUAAAAACCCUGAAGAAAACAUUCAUUUUCUAUAUAAAUCAAUUACGGAUGGUCGUGCGAAGUUUCUCACGUUGAAAUAUGAUCAAGAUUAUCUAGAAUUUGUAUCUGACGGAGCGGUGCUUGUGCAACCGAAGAUCACGCUCGAACACAUGAUGUAUAUGGAUUAUCAGAAGAAAACGAGAGAAGGAAUACCCGAAGCUGAGAGAUGUACAUACGUGCUGUCUCCUGGAGUUUUUAUGUCGAUGCGACGGGCUUUUGCCUAUCAACAUAAAUCGAAAUUAAAGCCAUUGUUUAAUUCAGUUAUUAAAAAGAUAAUACGCUCUGGAAUCCAAGAGCACAUAUCGCGAAGAAAUUUACCAGACACUAAAAUUUGUCCCCUCGACUUGCAAUCUAAGGACCGACAGUUGCGUGUCACGGAUCUAUUAAUGACGUAUUAUAUUAUGGCAGUCGGGAUGGCCACGGCGGUAGCUGUUUUCGUUGGAGAGAUAUCAAUAAGACGAUAUAUAUUUAAAAGGUGCUGUGAGAAACAAAAACUGCGGCGCAAUAUGAGGCAAGUAAAACCGAUCACGAUUGACGAAAGCCAGCCCCCACCGUACGAAUCACUGUUUGGAAAGGCGAAGAGAGGACAAACUAAGAAGGAGAUGAUUAAUGGCAGAGAGUAUUGGGUGAUUAAUAAAGAUAAUGGAGAGACACGGCUUAUUCCUGUUAGGACACCGUCGGCACUUCUGUAUCGAUAG